AUGAAACUAGACUCAUGGUUUUGGGAGCCUCAGCUUCUCGGGGACCAGAGUGAUGAUCCAGCCCAUCACACCGCUUGGCCUCCGGAGAAUCCCAGUCAGGUGGGGAACUUCUCUGUUACCCAUGUUUUCGGCAGUAGACACCGUUUUCCAAUUGUUGUCAGUACUGCCAUGAUAGCAGUUCUGUCGGCCCUUGUGGUGGUUUACGUUUGUCUCCUCCCAAGGGGAAUGCGGAAAUCGAGGGUUCCAAUCAUCCGUCGGCUUUCUUCCAGCGGCGAUGAGGAUGAGUGCCAAGAUUUACUUGACUCAGCGAACUCAGCUAGAAAGGAAAGAUCUGUGGGAUCUUCUUACUCCAGCGGAAGCUCGGAGGGAUCGGGCUCGCACAAUAUCGCCGUUUCAAGAAAACGGCCGUAUCGCUUUAACGAAGCGGAUGAUGAAGUCGAACAAGCGAGAAAGCUUCUCAGGGAAGAUAGACAGCAGACUGCAAGUAGCCCUCAGAGCAGUUACACGACAUUAUCAUCCCCGGUUUCGACGCCCUCUUCCUCCAGCAAUGGGCACGACAUGCUUGGCGAAUCGCUCCUUGUGCCACAAAUAUCUGCAGAAGAUGAAAAAGCAGAAGGGGCUGAAAUCUCCACACUCACCUCAGGUGAUGCUGGAUAUGGCGAAUCUGACUGGCUAGAGGACUUUGUGGGAGAACCAGAAAACCUUGAAGAGUGGUUCUUAGAGUAUGUUCUCGAUUCGUCGCCGCCAUCACCGUCAGGCUUCGAAGAGGAUCAGCCUGACGAUGUCAUACAGCAUGAUAACUUGGAAGGCGGCAAGCUGGCUUAUUUGAUGACAGAUGAAAGCAUGGGAAAAGGUCAGUCCAUGACAUACGUCAGAGAGCAAGAGAAAAUAGUCUGCUGCCCGCUGAGCUGUGACACAGUAUACAAGUCUGCUAGACUUCUUGUGGAUGGCCUUUCAGAAGGAAGUAUUAUACAGGAAUCACAAGUGACGGGUCGGAACAAUGAGUUGGGAGAAGAGGCUUCAGGAUCCGUUGAACGUGAGACUAGCGCGCAGCUGGAGCCCAAUGCCAAUUCUCCUGUACAUCCCUCGACGUCUGAGGAAGUCCCUUCUGAGCCCGUGCCUUCCAUUGAUGAAUUACUAUUAGGACCGGGCGAACAUCAAGUCUCGGAUGGUCUCGAACGUCGCUCUACCACCAGUGCAGAACACUUCCGUGCUCCUGGAAGUUCUCAGCCUUCCACAGACACAACAUCACCCAGAGUGGCUGUGGGUGUGUUUGUUAAGGAUAUUGGCAGCUACAAGGCGUCACCAGAGCACCCUUUCUAUCGCAUUCCAAGGGCUGUUCAUUCGCAUUACCUGGCCCCGUUUAAUUUUCAGAGGGCGCAGUACUUCCCCCGUCUGAAACCUCUUUCCGAGAUACUGAAUCCGAUCCGAGGUUUGCUGGUCAUGCCGGAACUCCACCACAGUGAACUCCAGACCUUGAUGGAGCUGGCCGAGUCACUUGUUAGAAUUGCAUUCUCCACGAACAAUCGAAGGAAAGCAUAUUUGCCGUAUCAAUUACUCGAUCCACUCGCGCGUAAUUUUAUCUUGGUGGAUACCCUGUGGUGCAUUUGUGAAGUGGUUGGUCCUCGAAUGAUGAAGGAGAGCUGGUGGCAUCAAUUUAUGCUUCGGAUGCUCGACAACUCCGCAGUAGGUGAUGAAGCGGAUUUGAGACGCCAACACCUCGCUAGUCGGUUAUAUUUGGCUCUAGAAGUGUACGCAUCUGGGGUGCGGCCUCCUGCCAAAUUGGUCAUUGAGUUGAAACAAGAGAUAUUCUGCAGUAAAAGAUGCCCACUUACAUUCCGCAACAGUACAUAUGACGAAUGGAGAAACGACGGCGGUUGCUGA